AUGUCGCGGGACUACCGAAGACUCGCAUCCUCACGGCCGGAUUUCGACACAAUUUCCUACAAAUUCUGGUGUAACUUGCAAGUUCAAGGCGUGCGCAUCCAACACUGGGAAUGCCAUCACUGGAACGGGUGCGACUUUGUCGUCGAUGAAACCAAGAGCAUCUUGACUUACACCAAUGUCGAGAUGUCUGCCAAGGAAUCUCGUCAAUGGGACAAUGGGGUGACACGAAGGGCCACGAAAGCGCAAGAUACUCAUGGCCUCAAGGUGCCCGAUGAAAAAGUCUAUGCCGGCGAAGACGACAUUGUGUAA